AUUUUCUUUAUAUCCACAGUAUAGUAGUAGCGUUAUCGUACUGGAUUCUGUUAUUUAAAACUGUAUACAUUUACUUAUGUGAUUUGUGAGGUUCAUAUAUAAUAUAUUCAGGUUUUGCUGUCAUGGUGUUACAUACAGAAACAUUUCUUCACUUUAUACAAUAAGCGUUAAGUGCGCUGGUGUGUAUAAUGAGAAAAACAAAAAAUAUUUAAAGCUCUAUUUGAAUUUUAUAGUGAAUAUGAAAUGUAAUUCAUACUUUUUUGUUUUCUUGCUGUUAUAAAUUCAAUAAUUGGAGAAUAAUUGCUUAAUAUUGAUUGUGCUAGAGCUGUACUAUUAGAGGCCAAGAUAAAAAUAAUAAAUGCACUAAUACUAGCCUUUUAAAAGAAAAUAGAAUGUCUUAUUUUCAAGAAACAUUUACAUUAAAGCUUCAAUUGUGCUCCAUUAGUACGAAGUUGCGUACAUAUAUUUCUAUUGUAACUUUCCUAAUUCGAUUUACGUGAAUAUAAAAACAAAUUCACCGCUCAACCAGCUUCAUGGCUCUUAAUAGUUGGAACAUUAAAUUUUUUGUAAGAAUAUACUAAGUCAAAAUAAGAAAAAAUGCUUUCACACGUAAAAAUUUACAAGUAAUAAAUGACACGUCAACCGAAAUUUGUAUAAAGAGUUAUGUCCUUAUCGCUUUUGCUCAACUCCUAUUUGUCUUCGUAUGCGAAAAACUAUUUCGAAAAUAACGUGAAAGUACUUUGGUACAAUCAGGAAUUUUCACAAAGUCGAUUCCCACCAGGACAAACAAGUAAAAAAGAUAUCUUCUCUUUUAUUUUAUCUGCACUGUUCCGAAUACGAUAUAUAAUUUUUAACACAAUUCUAGUUAGUGAAGCAUGUACUCUUAUUUGCCUCCUUGUUGCUCAACGAAUAUCUCAAACAGGAUUAAUAAUAUACGAUGCGGAAAAAUCUCCUAAACUUAUUGCUAUCAUAGCUGAAGCUAUGAUAGAGGGUAAUACUAUUCAUGCAUGGAUUGUUAAAAAAGGUUUAGUUUCUCAUCCUUAUCUCAGUACAGAAGAGGCACUGAGACUUGGGGGCAAAAGUUUGAGUCUAUUGAGAGAAUGGACAUUUCAAGUAUUUCAUGAAAAAAUUCAAAGAGGUUUAUAUCAACAUAUAAGUAAUUUCUUACACAAAUGGUACUUAGCACCAAAGUCUAAGAAUUUAUUUAUGCUUCUUAUUACUUGUGGACGAACAGUACUGUUUAUAUUUCAAGAAAAGACUUAUAUGGUAACAUUUUUUGACUCUCAUAGUCAUAGUACAAUUACAAAUCCAAAUCGGGGUUUAGUUAUUGCACAGACAUAUAUAGAGAAUUUGGAACAUUUAUGCAAUUGGUACACGAAGGAUAUAUUAAAUAAAUGUUACAAUACAAAAGCAAACCAAUAUGAGCUAGCCUUUUUAUAUCCAUCCAAUUCACCAUGCUGUGGCUGUGAUCCUGUAUGUAACUGUGGCAAUCAUUGCAAAAAGCAAUAA